AUGAACUCGAAGAACCAUUUCUUCAAAUCGCAGAUAAGUAAGUACCAGGAGAGUGACGUGGUGUCAAGUCGGGAUAGAAGGCGAGGAAAGAAAAGAGGGACAAAUACGACAAAUGUAAACGCCCUAGAUGUGGAUUCCAUUUAUAAGCAAGUUUUGAAAGACAUUCUGAAUAGUUUACUAAAUAUGAAUUUGUCCAUAACGAAGGAAAAUAUAAAAAGGAGGGAAAAGGAGGACUACUACGAAAACGGGGAUAACAACAACAAUAAUGGUAAUAGCAAUGGUAACAUCAACGGCAAAGAUAAUUUCAAUUCGGGCUCCAACUAUACAUAUGAAAAUUUACUGUUAAACUAUUUGUUCGGAACGCUGCAACAUUUGCAUGACAAGUUUUACAAAAUCGAAAUAAGCAACUAUGUUGCCAAGGAUUUAAACCAGAUUGAUGAAUAUUUUGUGGACGCCAAGUCGAACGCCAUUUUUUCCUACUGUUAUGACAAUUUUUAUAAGAAUGAAAUGGACAAGGAAAACUGCACUAUCCAUUUUUUUUUCUACCUGGUUAACAUAAUGUUUCGGUGCGGAAAUUACUUGGGGCUAAUCCAGAUAAUUAAGGGGGACGAAUUUGUGAAAAAUUUAAGCAUUGAUAACUAUCUGUACGACUUUGUAAUAUUACUUAUAAGAAUUUUAUUUUUAAUUUAUAAUAAAAGUAACGAGAUAAGCAUCUUCGAGAAUAUGAAGGUGGAUUUUGACUGCACGGACAUUUUUAAAAAAAAAAUUAACAUGUCUGUGUUGAUUAAUUUUUUCCACUCAAUUAUUUACCUCUGCGUUAACAACAUUUAUGCGUACGAUUUGCUGUGCGUGUUGUUUUCUGACAUUUUUUACAAAAAGGGGGCCAUGUACACCAAUCGGGACAAAAAAAUGGAGAUGAAAAAUAUUUUUCAUUACACGGAGGGGAGGAGCCCGAGCUGUGAGAACAAUCAUGACGAGGAUGGUGAUGACGAUGUUGAUGAUGAUGAUUAUCAUCAUGAUAGUCGUAUUGGACCGAAUAGAAGUGACUACAAUAGAGAGGGUGGUCAUUAUAAGGGCAGAAGAGGGUACGAUGGGGAGGAGGGAGCAGCUCCAGGGAAGGAUCCCAUGAGGGGAGGGCGGCCAGAGCAAAGAUCCAAAAGUCAAUACAGUGACGACUACUACGGUGAUUAUAGCGAUCUCCCUUAUGGUGAUCAGUACGACGACUACUAUGGUGAGCGGUACGUGGGUCACCCGAGGAACGGUGGUCGAGGUAGUAGGCAUCCUAGUAACCACCACAACGGAGGGAGACGACACCCUAACGAUGACCUAAUCGAUGAUGAACGGAGAAAUAGCAGACGUAGCAGUCGCAUCAGGGGCGAUGCGAGUAGUAACAAGAACAACCACUCGAUGAGGGGCUACUUCAGCAGCGAUGAGAAUAGCAACAACGGAAGAGCAAGGAAAGGGAAAAAAGGCACAAAUAAAACCUUCUUUUUUGACAUGUUUACAAAUAUGCUUCAGAAGCCGAAGAAGUCCCAAGAGGAUGAAUUUGGAAACAUCGAAAUAAAUGAAGAGAUGGAGGAUAGAAUGAACAGAGAUUCGGAACACAUAAGUUACAUCGAAUCUUUGGGAAUCACCAACAGGUAUGGUUAUAAUUUUGAAUACUGCAACAUCGAGACGAGUAUAUGGAUCGAGUUGACUUUGUUUCUUUCGAAAAACUUUGACUUGUAUGGAAGUAAAUUUCAAGAAAAUUUUGACAUCAUGGAUACUAACUUAACUUUUUACAAUUACGAUAACGAUAAUAAUGCAUUCUUAAAUGACACAAAAUAUAGAAGGGAGCAAAUAAACAGCAAAAUUGAAAAAUUAUUCAUUUGCAUAUCGCACUGUGUUGUUAACGAAAACAAAGAAUAUUUUGCCAUCUGUUCGAAACUCAAGGUGGAUGAAGUCAUAAAUAAUUUUAUUGUGGUGGAUGGGAAGAUAGCAGAAAAGGUUAAGGGCAACAUAUCAAAAGUUUUAAAAAAUAAUUUCGUGCUGUACAUUAAGCUAUUUUACUACCUUCUGUUAGUUGGAAAUAUUUACACCACCGUUGCGUUUUUAUCGUGUAUAUCGAACAAUGUGCAGAGGAUCCUCCUAGUGCUGACCAUAUUUUUGCACAAAAAUAACAUCUUCGAGAAUGAGCAGUUGAAUAAUAUAAAAUUAAAGACGUUACAAUUUUUGAAGUUAAAAAAUGAAAGCGACUCAUUUUUGGAUCAUUCCAUGAAUGGUAUUAAUGACGAAGUAUCAUCUGCAGCCGCAGCAGUAGCGGCCGCAGCGGUGGAAGCCACGGAAAUUGUGGCCACCUCUGUAGCAGACAGAAUGAAUUUAAUCAACCUGAGCUUGAAUAGUAUUGACAUCCCCUUUGACUAUUUUGUACUUCGAAAUAAUAACAUAAAUAUUUUGUUAAAAAUAACGUAUCUGCUUAAUUUGAAGACCAGCUUAAGUAUCAAACUGUUGAAGAGCAUUGUGCAGGAAAAUCAAGAUAUACUAUUGCACGAGAGUGUAAUUGGGCACAUAAAUAACGACGGAAAUAUACUUUAUGGAAAAUUACAUGACUUUUUAUUUUUAUUUAAGAAUAAAGUGAAAAUGAGAAAGGACAUAAAAUGCUACUUCUUAAUGUACUACGUUUUGUACAAGAAGAAACUCUUUCAUAAUAGUAAAUUAUGUAAACAUAAAAAUGAAAAUGACGAAGAGUAUCAUUACAAAUGCAGAAAUUUUAAGUAUGUGCAAAGUAAGAAUAUUAACACGUUGAAUAGGAUAUCCUUGGAUAACUCCAUCAUUAGUGUGCAUUGCUCCAUUUUGUACAAGAUUUCUCAGUUUUAUGCCAUCCUCGCGUACUUUGCUAACCAGAGGAAGAACUACAUCAUUUCUUUCAUCUGCUACUACAUUCUGAAGGAUGAACAGAGCGCCAUAAACUCCUUGAUUAGGAUUUACAACGACGAGCUGAUAUACUACUACCACAACAACGAGCGGGAGUACGUCUACAUCCGCAAGUGCGCCUUCCGCUUUUACCACUUGGCCAAGAACAUGUGGCCCUCAAACGUCAAGCUCGAAUCAAUUGAAAACAAGUCGUACCUAAUCCUGAGCAUCCUGUUCAUGAAGAGGAAGAUGUUCGAAGAGGCCUUUAUAAUCUUUUCAUCCAGCCUGAUUCCGGACAACAUGCUGGAGAAGCUGUCCACGGCGGAUUACUACAACAUCGAUUUGUCCUCCAACUUUUUGAUGACGCUGCGGGAGCUGUGUCGACAGAACUAUCAGAUAAACGAACUGGUAGGACAGACCACCCUUCACGCCGUUGUUAAAUUUUUGCUGCCCAUCAAGGACAAGUUGGAUGCUCAAGUUGUGGAGAGCAUCAACUAUCUGAGCACAUUAAGCUUUUAA